AUGGAGCCCAACAAUCGUCUCCGAGGGCUGAGAAGACUGUCUAGGCGAGAUGACAGCUAUGCCUUGGAGUACAAUCGUGACCAGCUUGACCACCGAAUACCUGCGAUAGAAGCGUCUGACGACGAGGAUGAGGACGAUAUUCUAGGUCGGAGAAUCAGAUUUGGCCGUGCAGACAUGGAGACAGCAGCUCCAGGCGAAGACACGGGCUCUCGCCCCCGUGGCAACGCCGUAUUCCAACGUCACAUGCGGGAAGAGGUAUGGGCGCAGGACGAGCCGGAAGACGAUGACAGCGGUGUGGACGAGACGAGCCUCAGCGGUGUGGACAACGGCGACGCGACCGACAGCGACGGCCUGACGGGGCACUACGGAGAGAUAGCGGACGAGGACCUGCUGGACGAGCAAGACGGCGACUUUGAGUUUGGGUCGCAGCAGGACAUGCCUAAUGACGAGCCGAUGAUCUCGUUCGACCCAAUGCUCUUGGGCCUGAAGGAGAUCAACAACCUGGCGCAUUUCAGCGUGAGCAGCCACAAGCCGGGGAACGGCGUGGAUGAGCUCCUCAUCGACGACCUGAACAAGUACUGGCAAUCGGACGGCCCGCAGCCACACCUGCUGACGAUACAUUUCCUGCGACGGGUGGAGAUUCGGGCGAUUCGAUUCUACGUAGAUUACAACCAGGACGAGUCGUACACGCCGACGGUGGUGAUGCUAUCGGCGGGAACAGGCCACCACGAUCUGAUCGAGUUUGCGACGCUGUCGAUGACCAGCCCGGUGGGAUGGCAGGAAGUCGACCUCAGCGGGGCCGGAGGCGGCAACGACGGUCAAUCGCUCUGCUGUUGGAUCGUGCAGGUGAAGGUUAAGGAAAAUCACCAGAACGGCAAGGACACGCAUAUCCGGGGCAUCAAGAUCUACGCGCUCGACGAGAACGCGCCGCCGGCAGACAUGGCGCUAGAUGAGCUUGCCCUGGUGAAGGCGCGGGCGUUGCGGGCAGUCAAGGACGACGCGAUGGCCGGGGACGACUAUCUCUUCGAGCGGCUCAUGGCCCAGUCUCCCGACCGGCUUCCUGGCAUCCCGGAACGGUCGGGUAGCAUCUCAAACUUCCUAAGGGACUCAGAAAUCCGGUAG